UUUCUGCAUUCUUCCAAUUUCCCUCCCUUCUUCCCCCAUCCCUUUUUCCUUCUUCCCUAAAGCAAAAUCCCAAACCCCAUUUCCCUCCAAAUCCCUAGCCAUGCACGAGACCGAGCUCCACGAUUUGUCCGACGACGCCGAUUACGCUGCCUCUGUCGAGCAAGCAUCGGCGAGUGUCAUGCUGACGAGAACCGAGAGCGGGAGUAGGAGUUUUCCCAGCGAGCCGGAAGGUGCUGAACUGAUUUAUUCGAAGGAUAAUGUCACGAUUCACCCGACGCAGUUCGCUUCAGAGAGGAUCAGUGGAAGGCUGAAGCUGGCUAAGCAAGGGGAGUCAGUGUUCAUGACAUGGAGUCCAUACAAAGGGCAGAGCUCCAAUGCUAGGCUUUCUGAGAAAGAUAGGAACCUUUACACAAUCAGGGCUGUGCCUUUCUCGGACGUGCGCUCAAUUCGUCGACAUACACCAACUCUUGGGUGGCAAUACAUAAUUAUUGUGAUGUCUUCAGGACUUGCAUUUCCUCCUCUUUACUUCUACAAUGGAGGAGUGAAGGAAUUCUUUGCUACACUGAAGCAACAUGUUUUGAUUGUCAGGUCGUUGGAAGACGCAAAUGUAUUUCUUGUGAACGAUUUUCAGAAUCCUCUUCAGAGAACGUUGUCGUCCUUGGAGAUGCCCGGGGCUGUUUCCAUGGGAAGCGCACUGAGUAUACCUGAUUCGGGCAGUCCUUUGGCAUCCUUAACAGAUGGCGGUAAAAAUAGUGCCGUUCUUUCUCAAAGCAUUUUCAGGAACUGGCAGAAAGCUCAGGAUCCUGGCCGUGAUCUAUCUAUCAAUGUCCUUGAAAAAUUCUCUCUCGUGACAAAAUUUGCUCGAGACACAACAACACAACUGUUCCGAGAAAAUAGCAAUGGUUUUGCUGCUCUUGAUCCAAAAAAUUAUGGCAUUCCUCGACCUCGGCUUGAUGCCCCUUACCAGGAAGAGCAGGAAAAGAAGAAAGUUCCUGAAGAAAUUCAUGUACCUGCAGAUCCUAUAGAGUUUGAUAAGCUGGCACUUGUAUGGGGGCAGCCGCGACAGUCUCCAUUAGGGCCGAUAGAGUGGGCCUCUUUCUUGGACUCAGAAGGGCGAAUAAUGGAUUCAAAAGCUUUAAGAAAGAGGGUAUUUUAUGGAGGAGUGGAGCACACAAUACGGAACGAGGUUUGGGCAUUUUUACUGGGAUAUCAUGAUUACGAAUCAACUUAUGCUGAGAGGGAGUAUCUUAAGACGUCUAAGAGGACUGAGUAUAUGACGAUAAAGCAACAGUGGCAGAGUAUCUCGCCUGAACAAGCCAAGAGAUUUACUAAAUUUAGGGAACGGAAAGGACUUAUAGACAAAGAUGUGGUGAGGACUGAUAGGUCACUACCAUUCUACGAAGGAGAUAACAACCCGAAUGUAAAAACAUUACGUGAUAUUUUAUUAACGUAUUCAUUCUAUAACUUUGAUCUUGGGUACUGUCAGGGUAUGAGUGAUCUGCUCUCUCCAAUUUUAUAUGUGAUGGAGGAUGAAUCCGAAUCAUUUUGGUGCUUCGUGGAAUUGAUGGAACGCCUUGGACCAAAUUUCAACCGUGACCAAAGUGGCAUCCACGCUCAACUGUUUGCUCUUUCUAAGUUGGUAGAAUUGUUAGACGCCCCAUUGCACGACUACUUCCAGCCAAGAGAGUGCUUAAAUUACUUCUUCUGCUUCCGCUGGAUCCUGAUCCAGUUCAAGAGGGAGUUUGAGUAUGAGCAAAUAAUGUUCCUAUGGGAGGUGCUAUGGACACGCCAUCUCUCCGAGCAUCUCCACCUGUACCUGUGCGUCGCAAUCCUGAAGCGGUAUCGUGACAAAAUCAUGGGAGAGCAGAUGGAUUUCGACACGCUGUUGAAGUUCAUCAACGAGCUGAGUGGGCAUAUCGAACUGGAUCCCUUUCUCAGGGACGCCGAGGCGCUCUGCAUAUAUGCUGGCGAGAAUGGUGCGGCCUCCAUCCCACCAGGUACUCCCCCCUCGUUGCCCAUCGAGAACGAGAAUAGCUUGCUUUAUUCCCAGGACGACGAGGUUCUGUAAUCCAACCCAAACCAAAUUGAGAACCGUGUUUUGCUUUCCCUUUGUUGGUUUCCUAGGGAAGUUGAAUCUCUAGAUCCAUAUCAUUUCGUAUAUUUGCUGGUAUUUUUACAGAGCAAUUUACAGAAUGUAAUCGAAGCUCAUCAGUUUUCAUUUGAAUUCCCUUGUGAUUUACAUCAUUUGGCCGAAAGGUGCACGAAACUUGGGACGUGAACGCAAGUGACUUCUCAACUAACUGAAACAAGGUCCGGCGAUUUACCUGACUUGUUUCGACUAGUUGAGAACUCAGCUAUCGAACCCCAUGAUCCGAAAAACACACAAAGUAGAGCUUAAUUAUGCAGAGUGCUAUGACCCC